UAAUUAUUAAAAGCAGGUGAAGGUCGAGCAAAGGUAGCUCUCCCUCACUCUUUCACACCCACAAAACGCCGUCACAUAUAAAACCCCUCACCCACACCCCUCACUGCCUGCCGCAUUUCCCCCAUUAUCUCUCUGUUUCUCCGCCACCAUCAACCGCCGCCUCCGCCGCCGCCGCGAAGAGACAAGGAGGACUUCACCGCGUCGAAUGCUAUCUUGUUGUUGAUCGUCGACGGAGGAUUUUUGGAAGUAACUCUUUUGACCUAUUCUUUUUGAAUUUUUUGUGGGUAUUUUUAUUUUGGGGGGAUUUGAUGGCUUCGGAGGAUGUGAAGACGAGCGAAUCGGCGGUGUCGAAGAUUGUUAAUUUCGCGGAGGAGGCGAAGCUGGCGAAGGAAGAAAUCAAGCCGACUAAAUAUCAAGUUUACAGUAUUUGCAAAUCUCUGGUCGCCGGUGGUGUUGCUGGAGGAGUGUCACGGACUGCUGUAGCUCCUUUGGAACGGCUUAAAAUUUUGCUUCAGGUUCAAAAUCCACACAAUAUAAAAUACAAUGGAACUGUUCAAGGCUUGAAGUACAUAUGGAGAACGGAAGGGUUCAGGGGGUUAUUCAAGGGCAACGGCACUAAUUGUGCUCGAAUUGUCCCAAAUUCAGCGGUCAAGUUCUUCAGCUAUGAGCAAGCAUCCAAGGGUAUAUUGUAUAUGUACCAGCAACAAACCGGCAAUGAGGAUGCUCAGUUAACUCCUGUAUUGCGUCUGGCGGCGGGAGCUUGUGCUGGAAUAAUUGCUAUGUCAGCUACAUACCCAAUGGACAUGGUUCGUGGUAGACUUACUGUACAGACAGAGAAGUCUCCUUACCAGUACAGAGGGAUGUUUCAUGCUUUAUCAACUGUGCUUCGUGAGGAAGGCUUCCGUGCACUAUACAAGGGUUGGCUUCCUUCUGUCAUUGGAGUUGUUCCAUAUGUAGGUCUCAACUUUGCCGUGUAUGAAUCCCUUAAAGAUUGGCUACUAAAAUCUAACCCCUAUGGGCUUGUCGAGGAUAAUGAAUUGGGUGUUGUAACAAGACUUGCAUGUGGGGCUGCAGCAGGCACAGUUGGACAAACCGUUGCCUACCCCCUUGAUGUCAUUCGGAGAAGAAUGCAGAUGGUAGGAUGGAGUAAUGCUUCUUCAAUUGUAGCUGGUGAUGGGAGAACCAAAGGCCCUCUUGAAUAUACUGGCAUGAUUGAUGCUUUCAGGAAAACUGUGAGGCAUGAGGGCUUUAGAGCAUUAUACAAGGGUUUGGUCCCCAAUUCAGUGAAGGUUGUCCCAUCAAUAGCUAUUGCUUUCGUGACGUACGAACAAGUGAAGGAGUUACUCGGGGUAGAGAUUAGAAUAUCUGACUGAUGCAUUUGUUGCAGAGAGAGCUGUGACGUUCGCUCAUUCUAUGUAAUUUUUUUGUAAGAAGAGGAAUAGAAAGUAAUAUUAAGCCCUCUUCUGCAGUGAGAGAAGUUGGAGACCAUUCUAACCUGUGUUUAUACAUCCGUCACAUGUUUUGCGAUGUUUGUUUUCUCUUCUGGGUUCACCUCACCAUUAGUGCCCAGUAGAAAUGCUGUCUCAAUAAGAAUUAGCAAAGAACGACGUAAUAAUAGGCUUUUUUGUCAGGUUGGUCGGUCAGUUACUAGCUUUAAUGUGGCUUUUUACUGUUGAAGGACAGAACCCUGCCUAUUCUAGAUACAAUCUCAUCUA